GUCCUGGUUAUACAACCCGGCAGGGACAGUCAUUCAUUCUCCCCAGGCCAGAAGGGGCUUCCCCCGGGGUACCUAACGGGGGACUGCAAAUACAAACCAGUGGGGGCAAGGGGAGAGGCCUCGCUUCUACUCCGGUCCUAUCGUGCACACUUGCAGUCGGUCCCCCGGUUUCCUAAAGCGGUGACUCCUGUGCAAAAGGUUAAUCCCGAGUCUAGACCCCGGAGGACGUGGGCAGUAUGAGGAAACUGAGGCCCAAGGGAAAGUGACUGGCCCCAAGGCGACAGGUGAAGCUCUCUCUAGCAGCAGCGAGUGGAAACCACCCUCUCUAUUCACCCCUUCUGGCCGCCCCUCUGCAGACGCACCCCCGGGGGAUUGUCCCAGCCCCCUCCCAUGGGCCAGACUGCCCUGGCUGGGGGCAGCGGGACCGGCAGCACCCCUUCCCCAGCCGCCUCCAAUCAAGACCUGUCUUUCCCGGAGGGCCUGGAGGAGCUGCUGUCAGCCCCGCCCGCAGACCCGAGCCUGCAGCGGUGCCAUGGCUGGAACCCCAAGGACUGCUCCGAGAACAUCGAGGUCAAGGAAGAGGGGCUGAGCUUUGAGCGAAGGCCCGUGGCUCAGAGCACCGACGGAGCCCGGGGCAAGAGAGGCUACUCCAGGGGCCUGCAUGCCUGGGAAAUUGGCUGGCCGCCGGGGCAGAGGGGCACCCACGCCGUGGUGGGGGUGGCCACAGCCCUGGCCCCGCUGCGGGCUGACUGUUAUGCAGCCUUGCUGGGCAGCGACGAGGAGUCUUGGGGCUGGGAUAUCGGCCGAGGGAGGCUCUAUCACCGAAGUAAGGGCAGCGAUGCCCCUCGGUACCCCACGGGCCUUGGGGACGAACCUCUGGAAGUCCCCGAGACCCUGCUGGUGAUCUUGGACAUGGAGGAAGGAACCCUGGGGUUCGCUGUUGGAGGCACCUACCUGGGGCCUGCCUUCCGGGGCCUUAAAGGAAGGACCCUGUACCCCGCUGUCAGUGCCGUGUGGGGGCAGUGCCAGGUCCGCAUCCGCUACCUCGGGGAGAGGAGAGCGGAGCCUCACUCCCUCCUCCACCUGAGCCGGCUGUGCAUUCAGGCCAUCCUUGGACAAGGCCGGCUGGGUGCAGUUUCCGCCCUCCCCUUGCCCCCUGCCAUGAAACGGUACAUCCUCUACCAGGACCCCAUGCCACACAUUUGAUGGAGCAGCCCAGCCCCUGGCCACAGCCUGCUUCUCAGUCAGUGACAACAGGGACCGCCGAGGGUCCGCCAGCGGGCGGAGAAGAGCACUGGCGGGGAACGGGCCCGCUCGCUCGGAGGCCGUGCUGGCACAAGGCUGGCACCCCUACCCCCACCCCAGCCUCUCUGGCCGGAGGUGAGAAAGAGGAAGAAGAGGAGCCAGAGCGCCCAGGCACACCCAUCCCUUCCCACCCCAGCCAAUAAAAAACCACAAACACCA